CGCAUGUUGAUAACAUCUACAAAUAGCUAGUGAAUAGUUUCGCAAUGGCGAGUGAACCGAAGGCUGCUAAAAUGAGCAACCUUGUGAUCAAACCAGUCGUGUUUGGAAGUGUUUCGAGGUACCUUGGCAAAAAACGAGAAGAAGAUGGACAUACACACUCGUGGACUGUCUACAUAAAACCAUACAUGAACGAAGAUCUCUCGGUUUUUGUGAAACGAGUCGAGUUCAAACUCCACGACAGUUACGUAAACCCGAGACGAAUGGUAAACCGACCGCCGUACGAGAUAACAGAAACUGGUUGGGGUGAGUUUGAGAUCCAAAUCAAACUGACCUUUAUUGACCCCCAGGAGAAACCAGUGACCUUUUAUCACCUUCUGAAGUUGUUUUUUCCGGCGCCCGAUUUGAUCCAGGGAAAGAAGCCGUUGGUUUGGGAGCACUAUGAUGAAAUGUUGUUCCUGGAGCCAUCUGCGAUGAUGGUGGAUGCGUUAAGGACGGCAAAAGCACUGUCACUUGGUAUUCAUAAACACGACACUGAUUUUGAGGCGGUGAAGCAUCAGACCCACGAGGACAUGAUGUCCACUCGGCGGAAGGUGGCGGAGGAGACGGAGAGACUGCGGGACACUCUCAAGGUCAAACAGGCCAAGCUGGAACAGCUGAAGGAGGAGCUGAACAAGUACGAAGUGGUCACGUGAUUCAUAUUCAAUUGAUUGGAUAUUCAAUUGAUUGAUUGGAUUUGAUAAAAAGAUCGCGAUCCAAGAGAGAUUUUGGAUUGUGCGACUUUCCAGAAAGGGAAAUGGGAAUGAGAUAUAAAUAGACGUGAACUGUAUUUUGUAAUAACAAUUUUGUGUUGCAUGUGUAGAAGAUUAUUUUGAAUUCAGUUGCCGUGUCUUCGACUGUUGGUGUUUACUUCUUAAGCUUAAAUCAAGUGUUAUGUGCUUGUGCUCCCCAAACUUCCUCAAUGCUGUUGCGGCAUUCAAACAAAGCGAGUAAUUAUUGCGCUCGGUGUGGUUUUGUCCCGACUUCCGAAGAAAGUAAAUGAAUAUUUGCGCUCGGUGUUUUUUUUUUCAAUCUGAAUUAGUGGCUCAAGCUUUUGCACCCCAGUGAAAGUAUUUAAUCCUUG